AGUUUUGCUAUCAGAUUAUCAGCGAUUUGUUUACAUUUUUUCAGAACAAUUUUCAAUUGAAUAUUUCCUCGAAAUUUUAUUAAUUGGGUUAAUUCUAUUAGUUUCAUAAUAAUGUCGGAGUUAUUUUCAUACCUUGACAAAUGUCGCUGUUGUUAUGGUUCGAUUAAAGGUAUUGAGAAAUCAUCAGAAAUAAACCAAAUUAUUGAACAAAGAUUUUAUUUUAUAUCCAAUAUUAAGCUUAAAGUUUCGUCAUCACUUUCUAACAAAAUUUGCAUAGAAUGCCACAGUAAAAUCAACUCGUUUUACUACUUUAAACAAGAAAUUGUGGACAAGCAAGAACGUUUGUAUCAACUACUUGAAGACAAUGAAGCAAUUCAAUCAGAUGACAAAUCAGAAGUUUUUGAUGAAACCCCAUUUGAGCCACAAGUUGAUAUAAAAAUGGAAAAUCAAAAUCAUUUUCAGCAAGAAAAAUUUGUAAUAAUCGAAUAUGAAGCGCAACUUCUUCCACCAAAUCAAUUUGAUCAAUUUGGAAUGUCACAUACUAUAUUCGAUAGAGAUGAAAGAUCUUCAAGUGACAAAGAUCCUUUUAGAAAUUCUAUUGAAAGAAAAACGAACAAAAAGAUUUCGGAAGCAAAGAACAAUUUUGAGUGCCACAUCUGCCAAAAAUAUUUUAAAGAUAAAAAACGAGUAAAAGUGCACAUUCAACGAGUUCACAAACAAAUCAAAGAUCAUAAAUGUGAUGAAUGUGAAUAUCGAGCACAUACUAAAUGGGACAUUUUACGACAUAUUAAAACAAAUCAUUUACCACGCGAUGCCGACCCGAAAGAUUUGCGUAUUUGUCCUGAUUGUGGAAAAGUUUUGAAGGGCAAUAAUCAUCUUAAUUUCCACAUCAAAACCAAGCAUUUAAAGCUGACAAAAUAUUCGUGUGAUUUAUGCGCAUUUAAAUCUUAUGGAAAAUACCAAAUUCGGUUACAUAUUGAAAUUCAUCAUCUGCCUUUAGAAUUACGAAAAGGCUUCCCAUGUGAUUUAUGUUCAUCAGUGUUGACCACUGCAAUGAGUUUAAAAACUCACAAAACGCACAAACAUUCAGGUUUACGACCUCAUCAAUGUUACUGUGGAAAAUCUUAUGCAUUAAGAGAAACAUUGAAAAGUCACAUCCGUAACGUACACAACGGUGAACGAAAGUACAAAUGCCCACAUUGCCAAAAAGGUUUUAAUAGCAAUCCAAGGCUUAGAGAUCAUGUUAAUAAUAUUCAUGGAACUAAACAAGAAAUUCCAUGUUUCCAAUGUGGUAAAAUAUUCAAUUCCUUAAGGAAUCUUCAAACCCAUUCGAUUUAUCAUGAAGCACCAAGUUUAAAAUGCAAUUUUUGUGAAAAAGUUUUCUACAUCAAAAAGAAUCUCAGGGAACAUCAACAAUCAGUUCAUCUUGGAAUUACUUACAGUUGUGAAAUGUGCAAUCGAUCAUUUCAAAGUACUUCCGGUUUGAGGCGUCAUGCCAAAUCUCAUUAUUUUCUUAAUCUCGGUAGAGGAUUAACCAGUCAAUCGAAGAUAUUACACGAGUUUCAUGUUUGUUGCUUCUUGUUUUUAAUUGUUGACUUUGUAUUAAGAACAUUUGUUAGAAAGAUGUCGAAAUUGUUUCGUGCAUUGAUUAUGGGUGCGCCUGGUUCAGGGAAGGGAACAAUAAGUGAACGGAUUGUUAAAGCCUUCAAGAUUGUUCACAUCUCCACUGGUGAUUUGCUUCGGACAAAUAUCGAAAGAAAGACCCCAUUAGGAGUGGAAGCUGAGAAAUAUAUUAAAAAAGGAGCUUUAAUUCCUGACGAGCAUAUGAUCAAUUGUAUUCUUGAAGAACUUCAUGUUGCAAGAGGAAGUAUUCUUCUUGAUGGAUUUCCAAGAACAAAAGUCCAAGCAGAAAAGCUUUGGGAAGUUCAGAAAAUUGAUUCAGUGAUUAAUUUGAUUGUGCCAUUCGAGAUAAUUGUUGAUAGAGUUAAAGGACGUUAUGUGCAUAUGUCAUCGGGUCGUGUCUACAAUUUGGAAUUCAACCCUCCAAAGGUGCCAAUGAAAGAUGACGUAACAGGUGAACCACUUUCAAAACGCCCUGACGACGACCCAGAUAUUUUAAUGAAAAGACUGAAAGUUUAUGAAGAUGAGACGAUGCCCGUCUUGGAUUUUUACAAGACGAAAGGAAUUUUAACUGAAUUUAAAGGCAACACAAGUAACGAGAUUUGGGAGAAGUUAAAACCUUUCCUUGCAGAGAAGAUUAAUUGACAAUAUUGCACAAGCAAUUGAUUGAUAGAAUUUCAUAACAUCAAUUACGAGAUUAUCGUGUAACGAUUGUUAAUAAACUAACCAGUGGAUCAAAAAGAAAUUGGAAAUCAUUCUGACGACACUUUCAAGUGUUCAAAAUUAUUUGCUUGUUUAUUUUAUGAUUUUUUGUUAUUUAUGCUAUAAAGAAAGUGCACAAAUUUUAAAUCUGGAAAUUAUGUUAAUAUUUUUUAUGUUUAAAAGAGGAACAAAAGAAGAAAUUCCAUGUAGUCAUCCUAUGCUUGUUAAGUUACCUAAGAAAAAAAUAAUCUCCAUGUAAUCUAAAAAGUAAAUAAAGAACAAAAAAACAAUCUUAAAGAAAAGAAAAAUA